UUAUAUUCGCUACAACAAAUACGCAGCUGUAACAGUAGUGGCGCAGUAGCUGACCGUAUUUGUUGCUGUUUACGUUGUUUCGGAGGCGGGUCUGUCGUGUUUCAGGUCGCCCCUCGCGAUUUUGCGUUGCUGUGCUGAUUUUACGUGCAUUAGGUCGCCGUUCCUGUGGAGCAGAGACCGCCGACCGCCCAGGCUGUGAGCCCGCUGUGAGACACGUCGCUGUCGCUGGUCGCCGCUGAUUCGUCUGCAAAAUGUCUGCCUCUCCGAUGGCCCGCCAGUCGAUGAGCCAAAACAUCCCCACGAGGAGCGUGCAGCUGGGCCACGUCAGCGAGCUGCCGCACGACUACAGCUCCACGCCCGGCGGCACCAUCUUCUCCACCACGCCCGGAGGUACGCGUAUCGUGUACACGGGCCAGUUCCUGAAGGCGCUGCGCGACUCGCCGCUGGCGCGCACGCCUCCGGCCGCCAUGGCGCACGUGCCGGGCGUGACCAAGCUGCCGGCGGACGGUGCGGCGCCGGGCGCCGCCGGCCACCGGUCGCCCGCUCACGAGGGCACCGAGCACGCCGCGCCGGCCGACAAGAACGACGGGGACGAUCCGCAGUUCGAGAUGGACAUGUAAUCUCCCCCGACCGGCCACGGAGGGCGGCGCUGCACCGCCGACAGCGCCACCUGUGAGCGCCGGCGGCAACCUACACCUGCGGCCGCCGCCGACAGGUGACACUGGGAGCGGCGGUCCGCUCUCGGCACAAAUGGGCGCCGCCGCGGACCGCCUGUGAUUCAGCUGUAAAUUGGCGGCGUCCGGACCCGGCGCGGGACCGGGUCCGGACCCGGCCCGGGCCCGGGUCGUGGUGCCUUCCGCCGCUGACCGGGGCGCCGAUGCCAAAUGCAAUGGGACAGCCGGGGGCGGGCCCGUCCGUCUGUAUCGCCUUGUUGACGUUUGACCGCGGCCGUGACAGCAGUUCAGUGAGCGUUCAGUUCCGUUGCGUUUCUCCUCCCUGCAGUGCGGACUCUGCCGGCGGGUGUAGGAGCCUCAGUGACAGCGCCGGGCCUCCGCGAGGUCCCGGGAACUCUAACAGUCCGAUCCGCCGCCGUUUGGUGACGUUUUACACAAUGUCAGUCAGUUUUAGACAGUCUUCCGCGCUAGGCGCCGCUCGGUUUCUCUUUGUGAGCAUGUGUUGCGGCAUUUCCUUUGGUUUGGCUGGUCCUUGUUUGGGUGCCGAUCGCGCCGUACCAGUUAGAUCCGGAUGGUGCUGGUGCAGUCCAGUCUGCCGGCUUCUGCUGCUAUGGUCGGGUCAGUGCAGGUUUCUGUCGGUUUGUACCGGUAUGGUCUGCGCUGUACUGGUCACGGCUGGUUUGUACUGGUUUUGUCCGGUCUGUACCGGUGUGGUAUGGUUUGUGCGUGCGCCUCUGUUGCCCUGCGCUCGUCCUCGUCGCCUGGCUAGAGCUGAAGCCGACCUCUCAGCUUCUGACAGGCGCUCCAGCACUCAGCUGGCGACCGACCUCAAACGCCCAGUGACGUCGCUGUCGCAGCGCGGCAGCCGGCCGCUGCGGGUGACCACCCCGAGCCGUCCCCGGCCAGUGCGGGAGGGGGCGAGGGUGGUGUGGGCGGCCGGGGCGCCGUCUCGGUGUCUGUCUCUCUGGCCGCCUGCGGUGGGUUAUAGUGUGUCUGUGCGGGCUGAUCGCCCAUAGUGUGCAGUUUGGCGCAGCGCAACUGACCGCGCAGUUUGUGUCGGAAAUACAGGCGCCGGGCGCACAGUACACCA